CUCUAGUAUUGACCAUCAUAUCGAUGAAGCACAGCAAGAAAGAACGUGUUUCGAUCUCUCAAAGUCAGCGGCCAUGGAGUACGCAAGUAAGGAUCUCACCAUCCACAAACUCAGACGGACAACCGAUUUCAAAAAUCUCACUUUCCGUAUAGGCGGCUAUACCGAACAUGACCAAGGGCGCUUCUAUCACCUGUGGAAGAAUGGCGAAGUCCUAUCUAUUCAAGCAGAACCAUACCGCCGUCCUGGCGUCGACUAUUCCGAAACCUGGUCGUCUCGAAACUUCUCAUCUGACAGAGAGGCCUUUUAUUACCUACAAGAAGUGCUGCAGACGAUGCUCGAUAACCUGAAGUUCGGCACAGAGAACAAUUGGGCACAUCUUGUAAGACAAAAGGACAAUACAUACAGCCUGAUUUACACUAGGAAGGAGUUUGUUCGUUUGAAAUGCCCGGUUUGGACGAAGAAAGUAAAUUUGGAUGAUAUAGAAGUUACUCGUAUCGUGGACUGCGCGUUAUGGGAGGGGAUACACGAAGGAACGGAAGUCGACCUUUUUAUAGGCGUACACGCAGUUUGGUCAAAAUUUGUUGCUGCGGAGAGCCUUGGACACAAGCUUAUGAAUGAGGCUGGUGUUAGCCAUUACACCUUCAAGCUACUCGCCCAUGUCUACAAAAGUGGAAUGGUCAUCGGUGUCAUGUGUGAGCCAAUUAUUGGACGUCGUGUGUGUCCUACCGACCGUGCUGCUGUUUUCGCAGCAGUAGCUGAUAUCCAGAGACACGGAAUUCUAUUGGGUUCUCUUGUCCCUCACGAUAUCCUCAUCACUCCCGAAGGCGUUCGCUUCCUGAAUAUCUCCGCUGUUCGAUUUUACAAGGAUCACGACCAACUAGCAGUCGAGGCUCAGACAUCUCACUGGGCUGAAUUGGCGAAGACCUUUGGAUCAGGAAUGAUAGCACCCCACACCCCGCUUGGCUCUAGAGCCCGUAACGCCUUAUCCUACGUUAUACCUCGCCUGCCUUCCCCUGGGCGUCCAGUUUACACUACUCCCGAGCUGGCCGUGAUGCAGUUUGUUUGGUCGGUGAUGACAUCGCCGGGAGAAUUUAGAGAGCAGCAGCGGAAGGUGAAAUCCGCCAUCACUGAUGAUCCAAAACACAGAAGGCGUGCAAAGAUUGGUCGCAAAGUACUCAUCGCACCUCUUGAUUGUUCGGAGUCAGAGGGUCGCUUUGAAACACUUGACCAGAUCGUCCCUGCUGCCGAUGAACCCUACAAUCCAAAGUGGCGUUCUUCACCUCGGACCCCGUAUGAGCGCCCGGACAAGAAGCUCCUUCUCCCAAGGGAUGAUGAAUGAUUCAUGAGCCACAACUCACAGAACGCAUGUCGGUGGAUCAAUUCACGCUCCAUUUGGGAGGUUCUAGAUCCACACAUCACAUUCACCUUAAUGUUUGAUCUCAAGGAAAAAUUUCAAUCCGUCCAUAUGCAUUGCUACUUUCUAAGCGUCUCUGGGAUUUUUGUUGUCGACAGUGUUGUUAUGUCAGCUCGCCUUUUCUUUUCUUUUUGUUCAUAUGCCAUUACUUUGCAGUGUCAUGGAAUGAUGCGUUAAUAAAACCGCUAUUCAUGUCGGUGAUGUCGUGAGGUAGCGGGCACUGGGGAUACAAUAUUGAUGCUCUUGUAUAUUUGCGGAGUCCUAUUUGUCUUAAAUGUAGUGUACAAGUUGUCCCUGUUUAUAAACGCAAUUUUACCAAGAGGUGUCCA